UUGGUGCGUUGUUCGUUCUACCCUCCGGGGACGCAAUGCGCCGACACACAUGGGCGGCUUCACAACACACAUACACACCACACGAAUGCAGCAAGGAGGCCGGUCCAUCCAAUGCUGCACGUACACGUGUCUGUCUGUCUGUCAGUCUGCAUGGGGCGACAAACGAUUCGACGGUCUCACUCGCUCGCCAUCCCCUGGAGAAAUCGAUAGACACGCUCAUCGCAUCACAACAAACCACAUCACACGCACAGUCCGUCCCCCCCUCCCUCCCUCCCUCUCUGACUCUCUCACACCCAUCCGACUCGUCUCUCGAUCCGCUGGAAAAGGUCCAGCCGCUCGCCCGUCCGGCUGUCCGUCCACAGUUUCACGGGGUGCGGUGCGAUGCCGCGGGCCGGGUUGCCCACCAAACGCUCGUUGCCCUUGGUCUGCAGGCACACAUAGACACACACAUACGAGAGAGAGAGGGAGACUUGUACUUAUGGAAAAGGCCCGGUGGCUCCCUCUUGCCUGACCUACCUUGAUGAUCAAGGCCGCGUAGGAGAUAUGCUGUCGGAUGUCGGCAGCGAUGUCAAACAUCUUGGCCUUUUCGUACCCGUUGAGGCUGGGGAUGUCAUAGCUGUCCUGCAGGUGCGGCUCAGCGGCUUCGCCCAUGCCUUUGGCCAGCACGACUGCCGGGACGCCGUGGGCCGCCUCGAGGUGCUUGAAGAGAGGCGAGUGGAAGGCGGCGUCCUUGCCCUUGAGCCAGCGGACCGACCGCAGGGCGUCGUUGACUACCUUCUCCAACUCACGGCGCACCUGCCUCCGACGCACCCGCUCCGCCUCGGCCUCGGCCUCCUUCGUGUCCUUCUUGUCCUCACGGGUCCUCGCAGCCUCCUCUUUGCUCCUGGCUGCACGAGUCGCCUGACAACCACCCAGCCAGCCAGCCACAAAGGUAAGCACCAUAUGAGAAUACACACAAGUCUCCUCCUCACUGACUGACGCACCUGUUCGAUUCUUUUGGCCGCUGUCUCCAUGGCCGCCUCUGCCGGCGACAGGCGCUUCCUCUUCCCCCCUGCAGCCGGCUGUUGGCCACCGGCAUCACCCUGCGCUGGCAAGAUGCUGCCCAGGCCGCCCUCCCCAAUCAACACUCGCAGACGAUCUAGUGGAAUGGCCGGAUGCAACGCCGCCAUGGACAAUGGCCUCAGGUGGGCCUCCCCCCCGUCCACACUGACCGCCU